AUGUACCCGCAUACUAUAAUCCUCGAACUUGGCUAUCGCAUGGACUGGAAUCGUCCUGGCACGAACUGGGAUGUUGAACAGUGCCAGGUUCCAGAUAGAGAGGAUCUUCCCCCCCCAACCUUCACCACGCACAAUGCCCAUCCAUCAGCGCCAUUCCCUCCUCCACGGUUUACCAUCCUGGGCCUGGCCGUCCAUUGGCAAUUGCGAGUCUUGAUAGACCCAAUGAAUGCCACAGACGGGAAAACCCCCCGGUCGUCCUGCACGACCAGGCCAAAGUUUAAACGAGAGGUUCGUCCGCGCUUGCAGCAGGCCCAUCGCCCAACGGUCCCGUCGCCAACCACGCCGCCCCGAUCGCUGGCCGAUGCGACGCCGUCUGCGCUGGAGUGGCGCCGCUCGUUCCCCCGCCCGCCGGGGACCCGCGCGACCGACCAAUCGCCUGAUGCAUCCAUCGGACUGGUCACUUCUGACGGAAUGAACGGCGGGGCUAGGGUGGUCGUGCAUGCUGAGACAGGACCAUGA